GUGUGUGUAUCCUGACAAAGGCUCCAUCCAGCCGUGUUGCAGAGGGCUGCUGGUUCCCAGAGACCCUCACAGCUCCAGGACGCCCAGUCUCUCUGCAGCCUGCAGCCCAGACACAGCAGCCCUGACACGGACUCAGACCUCAGCCUGCUCCCCCUCCUUCUCCUGGAGCUCCGACACCUGUGUGGACAAAUGGACAGGAAACACGGAGUCCAGUUUUAAAGUGGGAAAGUUUGGAGUCUAUAGAGACAACACCUGAAGAGAAGAGAAGAGAAGAGAAGAGAAGACAAGAGAAGAGAAGAACCUCAGAGGAUAUCUUCAUCUCGUCUGGACUACAAUCUUAUUUAAGAUCUCGAGGACGUCUCAGCAAACAUCAGCGUUUUUUUUUUUACCAGUUAGAAACUUUCUGUUUGACAUCUAACAGCUGACACUCUGGUAUAAUUUAACUGUUUUCUGGAUUGGCGACUUUGCCAAACACGUCACUGUCCUCUGGUGAUUUUCCUCUGACUCACUCUGAACUAGACCUUUCAUCAUCUGAGAGGUUGCGGGUUCGUCUCCUGGUUCUGAGUUCUUGGAUUUUUUUUGGAACGAUUUUCUGAAACUUAAUUGAAGCUCUGAAAGAAUUUUGCACCUUCAUUCUGUCAUCACGUCUUGUAAAGCUCAAACACCGAUCCUAAAACUGUCUGUCACAGUUAAAACCUGCGUCAUGGCCUUGUCUGUUGGUCUGUGGGUGUGUCUCUGCCUGCCGCUGCUGUUCAUGGACGCAAAGAGCGUUGGACAACAUGACAGUCAGAGCGAGGCCCUUGACCAACCCUCCUCCCUUGUCAAACUGGAACCUCUUUGGAUCACCAAGCAGCAGCUCAGGACCGUGGACGCCCCCAACCACAGCCUCCCCCUCCCUGAGCUGCUGGAUCUAGACGUGGGCCAGCACCAUCGCCAGGCCCGCGGCGCUGAUGAGGAGGAGCAACAGUCCACUUUCAGCCAAUCCUUCGAGAAUGACUCGGUGACAGCGCCACAGGCCACUGAGUUUGACAACGGGACAAAAGUAGGAGCGGGGGAGACUGAUAAUCAUGAUGAUAACACCAAUCUCCAUGGAAACGCCUCCAGCUCUGACCACGACGCCCCGGGACUCUUCAACCCCUUCUACCCGCUGGCAGACAGCUCGUACGCGGCAUACGCAGUCCUCUUCCUGGCCGGCCUGGUGCUGGCGGUGGGCGUGGUGGGAAAUAUGGCGGUAAUGUGUAUAGUCUGGAACAACUACUACAUGAGGUCAGCCUGGAACUACCUGCUGGCCAGCAUGGCAUUCUGGGACUUCCUGGUCCUGGUGCUCUGCCUUCCUGUGGUGGUCCUAAACCAGCUCUCCCAUAGGAGGAUCCUGGGUGACAUCACCUGCCGCAUGGUGCCUUAUAUGGAGGCCGUGUCUCUGGGCAUCACCUCCUUCACCCUCUGUGCUCUGGGCAUCGAUCGUUUCCACGCCGCUACCUCCUCAUCCCAGCCGAAGGCCCGGCGGGUGGAGCGCUGCCGCACGGUGCUGCUGAAGCUGCUGCUGGUGUGGCUCGCCGCCCUGCUGUUGUCCAGCCCCGAAAUCUUCCUGUGGCAGCUUAGCCAGGCCGUGUCCCCAUCCACUGGCCGGCUGGUCGACUCUUGCACCAUCACCCCCUCCUCCCCUCUGUCCCUCUACCUGCCCGACUCCCUCCACUCUCUGCUGCUCAGGUACCACCAGGGUCGUAUGUGGUGGUGUUUCGGCUGCUACUUCUGCCUCCCCAUCCUCUUCACCAUUCUCUGCCAGAUGGCCACGCGUAACGUCAACAACGACUCAAGUUCCACCCAGAAGCAACGUAACCAAGACGACCGCUCCUCCAAUCAGAAGCGCCAGCAGCACCAGGCGGUUGAGCGCCAGCUCAACUGCACACUGUUGGCCUUAGCGGUGGUUUACGGUGUCUGCGCUCUUCCCGAACACGUCUGCAACAUCACGCUGGCCUACACGCACAUUACGGUGUCCGAGGACACGGCCACCAUGCUGACUCUGCUGCAUCACUUCCUGUUGUUCUUUAAGUCAUCAGUGACACCGGUGCUGCUGCUGUGUCUGUGUAAGGCUCUGGGACAGGCCUUCAUGGACUGUUGCUGCUGCUGCUGUCAGGAGUGUCAGCCAACCACCACUCAGGGCUUGCCAAGCUCCGCCCAGGUCAAACUGAAGGCAGCCAAUGAGACGUCCAUCUUCUUCGACAAGGCUAAAGAGACGUCAGCCAUCUUGUCCAUCUCCAGCUAGAGACAUAGGUCCCUUUGUAACCUUCAGUCCACCAUGUCCUCGUCCAUGAGUCAGUCCUUUGUUUGACCCUUCAUCAUCAUCAUCCUCAGUGUUAACUUGUCCUCUGUCCAAAGCUCCUCCUCCUCCAGAACACUUGUAGACCAUCUGUCUGUCUCUCUGUCCUCUCGUCCUCCUUCAGAGUCUCCAUGUGUGUGAUAUCCUCUGUGGACACAGUGUUUCCCCUGCAGCUUCCUGUCUGUACAGGAAGUGAUGUUUAAUCUGUAGUGAGGUUAGAAAAGUUGCUGUUGUUGCACAACCAGCUGCUGUAAAAGCAGGAGCCUGUUUCAGGACGCCACACAGACUCUUCCCCCCAACUUCCUGCUGUGAUGACGUACGAUCUGAAAACCGCAGACAUCCAAAGGGUUCACCUGUUUCAUGGAGAAGAAGCUGAAACAGGAAGUUACAUCAGAAACAGCAGAACAACAGUGUGUCGCACAAACAGGGUUUCAGUUAGGGACUUUUCUUCAUUUACCAGAGGAGGGGGCGGAGCAGCAGUGUGACUCUGCCCUCCACCAAUAAAUGAGGGUUUUUUUGGGAAAAAUUUUAAAGAAGAUGUAGACUGUUUUAACAUCAGAUCUGUUUUUCUUGUCUUUAAUGAUGGACGCAUUCAUCACAUGAUGUGUUCAAGGACCGUUGGAAAUUUGAAAAUCCAACAAUAAUUUCUGUUUUUAGAGUUUCGGCUGAUAAACGAGUCCUUUUGGAAAUUUUUAAAGAAAACAUGUUUGAAGAUCUGCAGUAAAAUAAAUCCAAAAUAAAACCAUGUAAGCCCCGCCCCUCAGCCAGAAUAAAACCAUAAGCCCCUCCCCAAUGGUUCAAAAAUUAUUUGACGGAUGAAAGUUUCAACGUUGGCAUAAUCGACACAACAUGAGGUCAUAUUCAAAUUUAGCCGUCCAACGAAAAGAAAGGGAAUGACUAUGCAAAGGUUUUUAACCUGACGGGAUUCCAGGCAUCUGAAUCACCAUAGAUUCACUUAGUGAUGUAAGAACAGUGAACCAAUCAGGGCUUCGUUGAUGGGAGAUCUGAGUUUAAAGUAUUGCCCAAAAUUACCCCGCCCCCAGCAGUUUGGAAACAACCCUAGUGUUGUGUCCUGUGUCCACCCACAUCUAGAGAAAAACCUGUUUGGUUCACUGGAAGUGUUUUUUGGUUUAAUGUCACUUGUGAUCGUCAAGCUGCCGCAGAAGCUGCAGCCCGUACCUUCUGUAGUGACGUCCAGCGUGAUGUGUUUAAAGGAGUCGCCACCAAAACAUCAGAACAUCAGUGGCGUCUGAAACCUUUCAGUCAGCUGAUGGGGGUCAGAUGGAGAAGAAGAACUGAAGGUGUCAGAUAGAGAACUUUACUGGUUUCAAUUUAACGAUCCUGGAAUCAGUUUCUGAGAGGAGAUGUCAUCUGUGGACCGAUAAAGCUCUGCAGGUUUUAUCUGGACAGAUGAGGUUCUGCAGGUUCAUUAAUAGGCCCGUUUCCACCGCAGGAACUUUGGGGCAAUUUUACGGGGCCGGGGCCGUUGGUGCGUGUCUCCACCGCAGAAACCACCUCUGAAGGACAGAGUUCCGGAACUUUUACAGGGGCUAAACAAGUCCCUGCCUCGGAGUAGGUACUCAGAACGGCCCCGAAAAACUCCUGGCUGGGGCUUGGGGAUUACUUGGUGCUGAUUGGAUGUACUCAAGGCGAAAUGUGACGUCAACAGAAAGCAACGAAAUAGCCGGCAUUUUUAAAACUCAGCAGACGAGAGUUAGCUCGCUCAUAUAGCUACCACCGCAACAAACUCAAGAACCAGUCUGUGAAAAACAUAUUUUUUUCCGGCGGAUAUCUUAGUUACAUGAUUGAGCUAGCAAAGCAGUUUUGUGUUGCUAUGUGUGGUAUUUAUUCAGUUUUGGGAAAUCACAAUGUCUAGAAAGCAUCAGCUGACAGGGACAGCUAACAGCAGCAGCAAAGCUAACAUCAGGACGUCAUCUGUUAAAAGCCUCCUGCUGUCGGAAACGACAUGAAACUACUCCAGUUAGCUCAAUCAUGUUGUAACUAAGACAUCCGCUGGAAAAAAUAUUUUUUUCACGGGCCACUUUGUGAGUUUACUGAGUUAUUACAGACACCGCUAUCGGCUAACAGCGAUAGCUGCGUCCCUACGUCGACCCGGUCAAAAUGGUCGCACAACGAUUACAUCACAUCCAGAGCCCAGUAACUUUACAGGAACCUUCUUCCUACUCCGCUCUCUCAGUGGAGACACGGCGGUUGAGAGGGCCGAGCGAGAGGACGUUCCUGUUGUAGUUCCUGCCCCCCAAAUAGUACCAGGAACUUCUUCAGUGGAAACAGGUCUAAUGUUUCCUAGAGGAAAGAAGGAGGUGAAGGAAGGGAGGGAGGAGAUCUGAAGAGUGUUUGAACAGGACUCAGACCCUCUCGGUACCGAGGCGGCCUCUCUGUACAGGAAGUUAAAGUGUGUAGUUAGUGUGUCAUUGUAUUAAUGUUUCACUCAGACAGAAGAUAUAGUGACGUCAUUUUAAUUUUAGAUUUAUAACUAAUCUUUAUAUUGAGUGAGUCGUUUCUUUUUUAAUGUCACAUGAAUGUUUGUAAAGUUCACUGUCAGCAUGUUCAAUUCAUACGUGUCAGAGCCACCUGUGCCUUAGUGUACCUUCAGCCCUCAGCUCAGACUGUCAGGCUGUCUGAAUCAACAGAUGAUGUAACAGUCAGAGAAAACAGUCUGACUAACGUUAACAUUGAGCAGCUCCCUCAAACUGAGUCACCGUCUGACGCUACAAGUUUUCAGCAAGCACAGAAAUCAUCAAUGACCAAACAUGGAAAAUAAAAAGAUCAGUUAGAUCUGAGCAUGCUUGAGAGCGGCCGUGCCCUCAACAACGUGUUUUAAUGCCGUUAUCUCAAGAUUAUGAUUUAUUUAUUUCAUUAUCUGAAGAAAAUAAAGCCAGAUAACUGGAGUUGAUGAAAUAAUUAACCCGUGUCACAGUGUGUCCUCGUACAACUAUUCAGAUGAUGUCCCUCAAACUAUCACUCCACUCUGGAGCUCUACCCCUUAUUAUAAAGGUUCGGUUCUUGAAGAGUAUGUUAAAGUUCACACGGCUCUGAACCAGAAACCUGCAUCCUCACUGAGGCCUGACGUCCUGAAUACGACAGUUUCACAUGAAUCACGCAGGACGUCGGAAAGUUGAUGCAGGUGGUUUAUAUUUGAUGCUGUUUGUCACAUAUGAACCAUAAAUACAAACAGUGAUUGUGUUUUUUUACUUUAUUAGUCUCUUCUUACAGAUGGUAAAAUGCUGUUUUAUUUCCUGGACUGGAGAAAAGACAUGUGACUUACUAACAGCUGAUGUCAUGUUGGAGUUUAAUGUGAACAUGAAGUGUCUGUUUCAAUCUAAAAAUCUAACUUCAGUGUCUGUCGUCCAUUUUUCUGUCAAUGUGUCUCUGCAGGUUGACUUGAUCUUGUGAAGGAGGCAUAAACUGACAGAUCCCAUGUAGACAUGAUAAUUUAUAAAUAAAGUUGUGUAAUUUAAACUG